AAAUGCGAACAGUGCGUGGAUGUUUACGAUUAUAUUUUACCUUUUUUUAAAGAAACUAUUCCUAGACGUGCGUUAGUUGUGGAGACAGAUGUAAGAAGACACAGUGGUGGGAGUGUUUUUUAGUGCCGUAACCAUGGCAACCGCCACUAAAACCCCCCCAGGUGCCGACCCGAAGCAGCUGGAGCGCACCGGGACUGUCCGAGAGAUCGGGUCACAAGCCGUGUGGUCGCUGUCCUCGUGCAAGCCAGGCUUCGGAGUCGACCAGUUGAGGGAUGAUAAUCUGGAGACGUACUGGCAGUCCGAUGGCUCUCAGCCGCAUCUAGUGAACAUUCAGUUCAGGAGGAAGACCACUGUGAAGAUGCUGUGCAUUUAUGCGGAUUAUAAAUCUGAUGAAAGCUACACUCCCAGCAAGAUCUCGGUCAGAGUGGGAAACAACUUCCACAACCUGCAGGAGAUCCGGCAGCUGGAGAUGGUGGAGCCCAGCGGUUGGAUUCACAUCCCUCUGUUGGAUCUAGUAAACAAUCCCAUCAGAACCUUCAUGAUCCAGAUCGCCGUGUUGGCAAACCACCAGAACGGACGAGACACACACAUGCGGCAGAUCAAAGUCUACACGCCCGUGGAGGAGAGCUCCAUCGGCAAGUUCCCACGAUGCACCACUGUAGACUUCAUGAUGUACCGCACCAUCAGAUGACCCGAGGUGCCUUCCCAUAAGACUCAGUUCUAGAAUUAAAUGUUUUCAGUUGUUUUAAAAUGUGCCGGAGGUGUGUUUUGUAAAGAGAAGAGUUCAAAGUUCAGUUUAUGUACAUGCAAAUAAAUAAGAAAUAAAUGUUU